UUGAUGCUUUGCUUUUAAAGUCUACGCUCGGGCUCGGCUGGCGAGUUAAUAUUAUGCGCUCUACGUAACUCAACGUGCACACGAGACGAGCAGUAUUUUUUCGUGUACGUUGUGCGACAUCUCCUACGCACAGUGCGCCUUUCGCCAACGAGCAAAACAGCAUUUGGCAUUUACGCCAGUUCAGACCAAGAGUCUCGCCCGAUUAGUCGCUACGCGAUGAUAUAGUGUGACCAGUGCGAAAGUGUCUACAAUCAACGACUACAACAAACCGCGUUCGCAGUGCUACAGUGUGAAUCAAAUCCGCACGAACUAGGAUGUCGGUAGUGUGAACGUUAUGAAAAUACGAUCGAACGUACAACGCGAAAAUGUCUAACGUCAGUGCGAGCACAAAAGGCGCAUCAGCCGAUUCGGAAAAUGCUAAGAUUGAGAUUAGCACAACGGUAGACAGUGGUGUUUUCUCGCAGGAGAUCUCCAGCCAGGAGUGCAGUGGACUGCUCGAACAAGAACAACAACAGUCGCAACCAAUGAGGCUGGAACAGAGCAUCGACACCCUCAAGCUUUCCAAUCAGCUGAGGGCUGUCCAUCUGGAUUGCAACGACUUGAGCAAAGAUCAAAACAACUUCAAUAUGCCGUCAUUAGCUAGUUCUCAGGAAAAAUCAUGGGAGAAAUAUUUUGAUCAAGAUGUCAAUGGUGAUACAUGUUUGCACACUGCUAUCAUGGAGGGAUUUAUCGAAGCAGCUAGAAUUCUAAUCAAACUUGCGCCACAUCAGAUGCUCCUUGAUACACACAACGAUGAGGCCCAGUCACCGCUACACCUUGCCGUGCUCACCCAGCAAUGGGAGAUUGUGCGGUGGUUAAUUGUCGCCGGCGCACGCCCUAACACGCGAAAUCUUUGCGGAGAUUCGCCAUUGCACAUUGCCGCGCGCAAAGGCGACAUUAACUGCUGCGUGGCGAUCACAAAGUCGGUAGACAAGCGGGAGACGGAUAGUUUGGACCUCACCUAUGUGCCCAAGAAUAUUCCCAUGAAUUUGGAGCAGUGGAAUUAUGAAGGUCAAACACCUCUUCAUGUCGCAGCCCUCUACGGCCACAUUGACAUCAUGAAGAACCUGCUCACUUGCGGGGCGGAUAUAAACGCUCGCGAGGGCAAAUCAGGCUACACUGUGUUGCAUAUCGCCGUCGAGUCGCGCAACGAUCAGAUGACAUCGUUCCUCGUCACAGACUGGAAGAAUAUGGAUUACGAGGUGUACACCUACGGUGGUCGCAGCGUUCUACAGCUUGAACAUGAUCUGGAUUACAAGCUGCGUGAAAUGCUGCUACUACAAGGAGUGCCUUCGUACGUCUCCAGCGAAGAUGAAAUGUCUGAGAGUGACACCGAGGACGAUGCUAUGGUGGAGAGCCAGUUUUAAUUUGUCGUCGGAGUUUCGCGUGCGUCCAUUCGUUUCUUUUAUAACGAGGCGAAUAAUUGAAUAAAAACAUUGAUGCGUUACUGCCUCACUACGACGGUGAACGAAUCUUAUCUUAAGUAAAUUAAUAAACAAUUCACGUGGUCGGAGAAUAACUAUUUUAAUCUAAUAUUAGUGAAAUUUAUUUCCGAUUGAAAAAAAUCGCCCAUUCGAUUAGCAUCCGCGCGCGCCAGAGAUGCAACGGCGUAUUUACAAGCUAAAGUCGAGUGGUCUGAUGUAAAUAGUGCCUUACGAUUCAUUACGAACGCGUGUAAAACCCCAAAAAAACAUUUAACACGUUAGCUAUGCAUUAACUUAUUAAUUAAUGUUUAUAGCUGUACGACGAAAUUGCAUGUUAUACUAGUAAAGCAAAUAUUUUGCUGAGCGGUCAAUGCAAAUGAACACGAUGGCACUAUCAAAACUUGCUGUGUUGACAAAUUGAAUAUGGAAAUGUUUGCUGGGUCGAGAAUUAUACGAGGAAAAAAUAUUAAUGCGUACACCUGUUUGUGUUCGCGGUGGGCUGCGAAUAAUGGAUUAACAUGUUGCAUUGUAAAUAUGAUAUCAUACUUUUUAACACCCCGAUUAAUUGAAAUGAAGCAGAUGUCUUCGGUGCAUUACAACUUCAAUAUUUAUAUUUCUAAUCCUAUAUUUUGUAUAUCAAAUUUAAAUCAUGUGAUUGUUCAUGAAUUUUAUAAGCCAAUAAUUAGUAUUUUAUUCAAUUGUUACUCAUUGUCAUUCUGUUUAAAAUGAUCCUGUAUCUAUAUUAACGGUUAUCACUUUUUGGUAUGAUACCGAAUACUAUUUAGUGACAAGCAAGAUGACGAAAGGAAAUCGAUAAUUGAUCUUUGAAUAAAUAAACACGGAUAUUUGGAACAAUCAUAAUAAGAUAAUCUCCUUUUUUAUUUACAACUUAAUUUUUUGAAAUGAUUAAGUAUUCCCCUGAUAAGUUUACUUAAUUAUCUUUUUUGUAAAAAAAUUCCAUAAGUACCGAUGACAUAAAUAAUUUAUAUGUUUGCAUAAUUUACGGUGCAACUGGAUGGCAGGUUCCACAAUUCCAGGAAUAUUCUACAUAGACAAAUUUAUGAUAAUAAAUCAUGAAUAUUGCAUACAAAAGUAAGUAUUUGUAUUUUAUCAGAACCCACAAUGUCGCGUAUUUUUCAUGAUAAAAAGACGAAUAUAAACCGAGAAACAACUCACGGUUGCUUACUUCGUAUUCACAAUAGUGAGAAGACUUCAUACUGUGAACAUGGUGAAAUUUGUUGUUACUGCUCUAUUUUUUGCAACGCUCGUUUGCAUCCAGGCACAGAACCCUCCUCCUGAUACGAGAACAUGCGAGGAGCGUUGUGCGGCCACAUUAUGUGCACCCGUACAAGAAAAUUGUACGCGUAGAGGUGGCGCAAUCAAAUUGCCAGAGACUCGUCCCGGAGAAUGCGCCUGCUGUGAAAUUUGCGUCUAUAAUUCGCGUCGUCGUGACUUAUGUGGUUGGUUAAAUGGUGCUUUAUACGAAUGCGGUUGCAAUCUUCGGUGCAGAAACGGUCAAUGUGAGCCUAUUAAAGGUUCUGGAAAACCCAAGGAUUCCUCUUCUGACUCCAGUUGUUCCGAUUAAAACUUUCAUGUCGCAUACUGACUUCAAAACGGAUUUUUAAUAUCAUAUUAAAUAAAGCAUACAAAGAGAAAAGCAAAUAAAGAGAUUUUAAUAGUCGUA